AUGGGAGCACCGCCUCAGGGGAUGGGAUACAACCCGAACCAACAACAAUUCGCAUAUGGGAACGGGCACAACCCUGCUGGCUACGGCCAUGCGCCGCAAUCAGCCGUCUAUUCGCAGCCCCAAUCCGGCGCAUCGUCGGGAACCAGGCGGAGCUCGUGCUUCGCCCUGAUGGCUGCGCUUCUCAUCCUCAUCGCCGCGGUCAUCGGGCUGAGCGCCGGCCUGGGAGUGAGCCAGAGGAACCUGCACAACGCGCAGGCAGACCUCGCGAGGGCAACAGGAUCGCCAGCAGCAACAACCGUCUUCGUGACGGCCAAGCCGACAUCAACACCAACGGCAACAUCAUCCUCCUCCUCGGCCUCGGCCACGCCGGACACCUCCAACAUCACCUGCCCGGGGUCCAACAACACGCUGUACACGGCCGACGCCGACAACAACUCGAAGCAGUUCCAGCAGUACUGCGGCAUCGACUUCUCGGGCGACCAGGCCGUCGACGUGGGCAGCGUCAAGGUCACGAGCAUGGGCGCGUGCAUGGACGCCUGUGCCUCGCAGUCCAACUGCACGGGAGCGGGGUGGGGCUACCUCGAGGGCGACAACGGCACCGAGCACAGCUGCUGGAUGAAGGCGAACCUGACGGAGCCCCACAACGCCACGGCCGAGUGGGCGUUUGCCAUCCUGCUGGGCGGCAACGGGUCGGACCCGGCACCGCAGAGGAGGAGGCGCGGCGGGGGCUCGGGGUGGUGGUUCUGGGGGGCGUAA